CAAAAUAAAAACAAAAAAAAACAAAAUCUGCAAUUUAAUUAAAUUAACACGAUGAAGAACAAAAAAGGAAAAAAGAACAAGCCACAAAAGACUCCAAAAACAUUUGAUGAACCAUUGGAUCUUAAAAAUGCUCCACACACAUUUGUCAUACAUCGUGGAUUAUCAUGCGGAUAUUUAGUCAGUUUAUCAAGAGAUUUCCGAAAGAUUAUGGAGCCAUUCACAGCUAUUAAUCUACAAGAAAAGAAAACCAACAAGAUUAAGGAUUUCGUGAGUUUAUCAGGAAUUUUCCAUGUUUCACAUAUGUGCAUUUUUACAAGAUCAGCAAAGAGCUUAUCCAUGAAGAUAUCAAGAAUGCCACAAGGUCCUACAUUGUCAUUCAGAGUCCAUUCAUUCAUAUUAGCAAAGGAUGUGUUAUCAUCAUUAAAGAAACAAUUUGUAGAGGAAUCUUCCUUCCAACAUGCUCCAUUAGUUAUCCUUAACAACUUUACAGACGAAGGAAACCAUACGAAAUUGAUGGCACAGACAUUUCAAAACAUGUUCCCACCAUUAAAUAUCACGACAAUUAAGCUAUCAUCAAUUAAACGAUGUGUUUUAUUUUCAUAUAAUCCAGCAACAAAACUUGUAGAAAUGAGACAUUUUGCCAUAACGGUAGUUCCAACUGGAGUCAAUCGUGCAAUUAAGAAAAUAGCUAUGAAGAAAAUCCCUGACAUGAAUAAGUUUGAAGAUAUAUCAGAUUUCGUCCUUAAAAGUCAAAUGUUAUCAGAAUCAGAGUUUGAAGACGAGGAAUCUAAUGUGACAUUAAGUCAGGCACUAAAGAAAGGAAAUGUUGAAGCAGGACAGUCUGGAAUUCGUUUGAGGGAAUUAGGUCCAAGAAUUACAUUUGAAUUGUAUAAAAUUGAAGCUGAUUUAAUGACUGGAGAAGUUCUGUAUCACAAUGAAAUAAUCAAGUCUGUGGAUGAGGUUCUUAAAAUGAGAAAGCGACGUGCUGACAAGAAGAUAUUGAAAGAUAAGCGUAAGAAGGUUCAGGAUGAGAAUAAAUCAAAGAAAGAUAAAUUAAAGGAUGAACAUAAAAUGAAAACUGGAAAUAAGCAGUUUACAGUCACAGAAAGUGAUAGAAAGCUUUUGAAGGAUGCUGAGGAUGCUAUUGAUGAUAUCCCAGAAGAUGACACAGAAUAUUACAAAGAGGAAAUUGGCGAGGAACCUGAAAAGGAACUUUUUGAAAAUGCAAUUAAAUCUGGUGGACGUAAACGACCUCAUAUACCUAAAUUCAAAACGAAAUCAUUUAAGAAACCUCGAACUGAGCCUAAAGAUAACAAUCCAGGAAGCAGAAAGGAUAGAGGAAAAAUUGGAAGUAAAGGAAACAAUUUCAAGAAUAGGAGAGGUUCAAAUAAGAGGAAGUAGAAUAAUCUUUUUUGACUUUAAAGGCAAUUUUAAUAGCAAAGAAUUGAAAUGUCAAGAAAAUUUAUUUUAUCUAAAUGAAAAUUUCGUAAAUUUAUGAUUCAAAAGUCAAGAAGUA